GGGGGGCAAGGGGCGGGCCGGGGGGCGGCGGGGCCCGGCCCGGGCGGGAAGGUGCGCGCUGGGGCCCGCGGCGGAGCCGGGGGCUGCCCCGCUCCCUGUGCGCCGCCCCGCUGCCCCGGCCGGGCGGGUUCCACGGGCUCCGCCGCCCCGGGCUUCCCGCUGCCGGGGCCGGGGCCCUGGGCCGGGCCUCCGCCGGGCCGUCAGGCCGCCUGCGUCAGGGCCUGCUGCCGGCCGCGGGGGGGUCCUGCAGGUCCCUUUUCUGCCCCUACCACGGCUCCGGUUGAAAAUGGAGAGUUGUGGGUUCACCUAACUAACUAACUAAUUAAAUAAAUCACUUUCCCCCUGACCGCCUGGCUCUCAGCGAUCACUUUAAGCCUACCCUGCCCAGCGGCUUGCUGCGCUGCAGUUGGGAACUUUUCAUGGGCACUGAAAAGAUUACACGUCGACUUUGUGAAAGUUGUGCUUUUCUUUUUCCUGGUUUUGCUGUUUGUUGGAGGUUUUUUUGGUUUUAGUUGCAAAGGUAGAGCUCAAAGGAAAAAAGAUAAUUUUCAUGAGGUCUUGUAAAUUGUUUCCUUAUGGAGAUCAUCCUUCUAAAACCUGGAGGUGCGGAGUCCCAGCCGGAGUAUGUGCUGCAGGUGAACAUCUUUUGCGUUGAGGUGAACACCUCUGGAAACGUUUUAUACCAGUUCUGGUUCAGUUCGGGAUCCUGCGCCUCUUACAAUGGCUGACAAAACUUCACGGAUAAAGUUUGUGUUGUUUGGGAGUGCAGAGGACACUUUAGGGGAGCUGUCACACUGCGGAGCUCAGUGUGUGUGGCACCCACCGUUCCGGGGAUGUGCUGCCAGUUUGGCUGUUGGUUAAGCUGGAAGGAUGCUCAGGGGAUUAAUGCAAGUAGCCUGGUGCUCACAAGAGCCGAGUGUGACUUCCAUUUCUCUGUGGUGUUCUCAGUGGCUUAGGUCUCUGUGCUUUUAGCCCCAUUUGACAGACAGGGGCCCGUUUUUCCCUCCCGUUGUGUGUUUAGAUCUCACGGUGAGGAUGGUGUUACACUUACUUAAGUUCCUACUAUUGACGUGUGGUCCUUGCGUAUCGUCUUCAUUCACUUCCGUCUGCAUAGGCUUUCCUCCCUGUGUUUGUUCCACUCCUUGGGAUACAGGAGCUAGCAUUCUCUUCAUUGCAAGCAAAGCCCUGGUCUGGUUUUUGGGUUCUGCAGUGCUCCAGGCAGCGAGUUUUGAAGCAGGAUGGGAAAAAGACGCUGUGUUCCUCCACUUGAGCCCAAGCUGGCGGCUGGCUGUUGUGGGGUAAAGAAGCCCAAAUUGUCUGGGAGUGGAACGCACAGUCAUGGGAAUCAGGCCACAACUGUACCAGGCUCCAGUUCAGGUCCUCUUCAGAACCACCAGCAUACAGAUGGGAAUAAUGGAAGGGAGAACGUAUCUGACUUGACUUUGGGCCCAGGAAAUUCUCCAAUUACUCGAAUGAAUCCCACUUCAGGAGCUCUGAGCCCACUUACUCGGCCCAAUGGAACUGCCAACAGCACCAAGAACCUGGUGGUGACAGCGGAGAUGUGCUGCUACUGCUUUGAUGUACUCUACUGUCAUCUCUAUGGUUUCCCUCAGCCACGACUUCCUCGAUUUACCAAUGACCCCUAUCCACUCUUUGUGACGUGGAAGACGGGGCGAGACAAGCGGCUUCGUGGCUGCAUUGGGACCUUUUCAGCCAUGAAUCUUCACUCAGGACUCAGGGAAUACACAUUAACCAGUGCACUUAAGGACAGCCGAUUUCCCCCCCUGACCCGCGAGGAGCUGCCCAAACUCUUCUGCUCUGUCUCCCUCCUCACUAACUUUGAGGAUGCCAGUGACUACCUGGACUGGGAGGUUGGGAUCCAUGGGAUCAGAAUAGAGUUCAUCAAUGAGAAAGGUGUCAAACGCACAGCCACGUAUUUACCUGAGGUUGCUAAGGAACAAGACUGGGAUCAGAUCCAGACCAUAGACUCCUUACUCAGGAAAGGUGGCUUUAAGGCUCCGAUUACCAAUGAUUUUAGGAAAACGAUUAAACUCACCAGGUACCGCAGUGAGAAGGUGACAAUCAGUUAUGCAGAAUACAUGGCUUCCCGUCAGCAUUGUUUCCAGAAUGGCACUCUUCAUGCCCCCCCCCUCUACAAUCAUUACUCCUGACACACGGCUGCAUGACCAGUCCCACUCCCCAGUUGCUGCCAACGGCUACGACAUCAUUGGGGCAGAUGCCUCCUCUUCCUGGUCCAGUUACUUCUAUUACUGCACCAUUUUAUGAUGCUAGCUUCCGUUGCCAAGUCUGCCUUCCAGCUGACCUGGGGGGAGGAUGAGAGCAUGACAGAACUUCAGGGGCCCAAGCCUUAUCUCAGCCUUCCCUCUGAACGGGGGUUCAGUUGGAUUGGGGCUCCAUGCCUACGAACUGUCACGAGGUGCAGAAGACCUCUAGGAGUGAAAGUGCCACUUUGGACUGAUCCGUUCUUGUGUGUUACCAACACUCUGGAAACUUGAGUUGUUUGUUAUGGAAGCCCCCCAGAUCAAGUAGGAGCAUUCCCCUGGCAGCCUGGGCAACGGAGUCCAACAAAACAUUUUUUAGGUUCUUUUUAAUUUUUUUUAACCUCUGGUAUCUGUUGUGUACCGAGAGCUGAUUGCAAUCCCCACACAUCACAGGCGGACAUUAUGAUACUGGGGAGGGUUGAACAUCUGGAUAGCACCCGAUCCUCACAGACAGAAAACACUUAAAGAUGUGGAAAAAAACCAUUGGAUGGUAUUGCGGAUGAAUCCAUUAUUUAAGUAAACCCUAGAAGGCUUUAAUUAUCAGAUUCCACUGUAGGUUGGAUUAUCUAGAAAUCCUCUUCGUUUACAGUUUUCUGGGUUUUUAGACCGUGCUUUGUAAUGUAGCCUGCUAUGAAAUAGAAUGCUGUUAUGCCUGUAAGAGAGCAACAUGGCACAUGCUGUGUGUAUGUGGAGGACAAGGUACUUCAGUGUCCUUGGGCAGUCUUCUCUGUUACGGCCAAGUUUUGUGUCCAAAUGUUAGUCAUGGAGCCUGAUUGGAUUAGGGAUGGGGAGGGAUUUGCAGGGCAUUGACUGUAGUCAUACAAGUGAGACUAGUGACUGAAAUUUGUUUAACUUAAGCUAACAGUCUCGGGGACCUUCCUUUUGAUAGGACAGCCACUUUCUCUGGUGUGACUACCGAUCUUGAGAACUGUUGAGUAUUCCAGUUUAUAGCAGGCCUAUGGAAUAGAGCUGAGUAGUUUCACUGGUAAGUUAUUCUCUUAAUAGCUUAGUCAUUACCACAUCAAGGCAAUGAGGGGGGAAACCUGUAUUACCCAGACGGUGUGAAACUGAUGCAUUCUGUAUUUCUUCUCCCAUCACUGACGAUGACAAGAAGUGCUGUCUUCUAAGAGGAAGUUAUCCAGUUGUUAUUCUGCAGCAUUGUUGAGGGAUGUCAUGAACUAAAUUAUGACACUCGGUGAGGUCGCUGGACUUCAAAAUGAUGCAGUUCUGUGGGGGUUCUUGUUUUGUUUUCCAAGUUGCUGCAGGAUCAGUAAUGAUCGGGAAAUAAAAUACAGGUGCAUAGCAGAGUAAUGGCUAUGUGGUUGCAUAUUAUCUUGCUUGCUUGUGUGUGGUAAUGAUGGCUUUUAAAAUUGGCUGGUGUUUCAAGCCUGAAAUUCUCUCCUGGCAUGGCAGGGAAUAGGGCUGCUAGGAAGCUCAGAACUGCAUGCUGCUGCUCCUUCUGGGCCUAGAGAAGCAAACAGAACUGUGCAGUUUUGUUUCGUGUUGGUGUAACGUUCUCCUGCUGGAGGAGAGAGACAUGAGGGAAAGAAGGGGGUCCUGUUCUGGAUAAUGGUGCAAUAUUGACCCAGCUUUCCUCCUGCACUGGGUCGUUCUUAUAAAUGGCCACUUUUCCCUUGUGAUGUUGUUGAAAAGCAAUUGAAGACUAAGGGAUUGUUUCAUGAUUUCCUGCUGCUGAGAAUAAAUCAGUCUUGUUACAAACUCGAGUGGUUUGUAAUUACUCUCCCAGGUGCCGUGUAGUGAUGGGGGAGGGUGGGGUCAGCUCUGGACAUACCAUUCACCUUCCAGCUGUCAAACAGUAUGAUACAUAGGGCUACACUCAUUACUGUUCCAAGUGUUCUAUGUUAGAAUUUAAUUUCUAAAAGGUUUAAAAAAAGCAAAAAAAUGGUGCUAAAACUUCACCCCUGAGCACGCUCAGUGAGACUGGUCAUGCAGGCAUAUAGUGCCAGGCUUUUCAACAAUACUGUUUCUUUUUGAAAUGUUUGCCCUGUUCUGUGUCUUCAACAGUGUAUAGUGUUUUCCUGAUUUCGUUUUCUUUGAAUACGGGAUGGCUAAGGGGUGGGGUGGGGAGGGUUAGCUGUCAUUUUUAAAGAACAGAAUUUUAGGAUUGAGUGACUUGGUUGGCUUAAGCCUGAAGUGGGCUAGAUGGUUUGGGACUGGGGAAGCCUUAUCCUCUCCUAUUUCCAUCUCCCCACUCAGUCUGUUUAAAAAAAAAAACAACAAAAAAACAAAAAAAAAAACCAAACAGAAAUGCCUCUAAUUAUGUACUGUGUUCUUGUCUUGUUGCAGUGAGAAGAGAAGCUAGCAAAUCAGAAACACUGGUCUGCUGCCUAAGAAACAGGCCCUCUCAGCUUUAGUCCCAUAAGGGCCCAGCUAUAAAAUCAAGUUGAAGUGUGUCAAUAGUUAAGUUAGCUCAGAAUACUGUAUGACAAGGACAGGUGGUCUCAGGAAAUAAUCCCAUUUCUAGAUCAUUACACGGCAGCUAUGCGUAAGGAUGAAAGAGGUGAACUGUGAGUUGCCUCGAGAUGGAGGCAACCAAAAUCAAUUGAUGGAAGAAUUUCUCUGUGGUGACCUGGCUGGGACAGCAGGUUAGAACUACCACUUUCCAAAGCAAGUGGUACCUGGUUUGAUCUGGAUUUAACUCAUCCUUAGAAGCAAGUGCCUUUUGGUCUAGAAGGGCUUAUUCUCAUGACAACCACAACUGAGAAAUACUCUCACUGCAGUUAUGAAUUGUCUUUGUUUUACAGUAACUACAGGAGAAUGUCUUUGAUCACUGGAGUCUGUCAGUGUUGGAAUGUUUCCACUGUGAGGUUCUUAAUUUUUAUUAUUUUUUUUUUCAUAAUGUUCAACAGUCAAUCUCAACUGAGGCCAUUUCAGUUUGGGAACAUUUUAUGAUCAAAAUAUCACAUAUCUACAAUUUAUCAAACAAAAAAACAACCUCUGUACGAAAAUCUAAGAGUUCAUUUUAACCUUUGCACAGAAUAAUUUGUUUUCAUAGUACAUAACAAACAUCUGCAAUCUUCACUGACUUAGUGCUCUUUUCUGUUUGUAUUCUGGAAACUACAUGUUGUUUUGUUGGUUGGUUUUUUUUUUUUGGUUAAUUUAUUUCCUUAAAGCAGGAGACCUCUUUUGACCUUCAGUGCAGAGAUGUCAGACCAAUUCUUUGUAUUACACUUGGUUGCCUCCUACCUAUAUAAUAACUUCUGAGUGUACAUAAUUGAACUCUAUCCUCUAAUGAAGUAUUGUAGAGAAUAAAUCAUAAUGGAUAAAGA